UCGUAUUAAGUUAGAUGAUAUAAAGCAUUUAUUCCUCUCUCGACCAGUGCAGUGAUUCCACACUAAAAUAAAAUUUCGUAAUCAUGAUACUGCGAUUCGAAUAUGUUGUUCUGUGUGUCCUGGCUCUCUGCGGUUCGGGCCACGCAAAGUUGGCACCGGACUUCAUCCACCCUUGCAAUGUAACGACUAGCGAGUGCCUUAUAAAAGCGACACAGGACGCGAUACCAGAAUUUGUUAAAGGUAUCCCGAAUCUCGGAGUACCUUCUUUGGACCCUUUUGUUAUUGAAAAGCUCUCCAUACCCCUCACGGGACUGAAAGUGACAUUCUACCAAGGCAAAGUGACUGGCUUCAGAAAAUGCAUCGUUGACAACGUAAUUUCUGAAUUGGAGAAACGUCAUUUCGUUUUGGAAUUCCACUGCAAUUUAACCAUAAAAGGACAAUAUGAUGCCGUCGGAAAAAUCUUACUUUUCCCCAUAAAUGGAGAAGGCGACGCUAAAGUUAAGCUGACAAAUCUAAGAAUGAAGGUGGACAUCAACACAAAGUAUGUGAAGGAUGACAAAGGAAAUAACCACUUCGCGUUAAAGAAUUAUAAAUACACUUUUGACUACGGUGAUAAAGUGUACUUUGAUCUCAAGAAUUUGUUCAAAGAAAGCAAGGAAUUGAGUGAAACAGUAUUAAAUUUCCUCAAUGAAAACUGGAAGACUGUAGCAGAGGAGUUCGGCAAGCCAAUAGUAGAUUACGCAGUUGAUUUAGCUAUAAAAACUAUUGAGAAGUUCUUUGUAGAAGUACCUUAUGAAGAACUUAUAAAUAUACCGAUACCUCAGGAUUAGUACGUGUUAAUGCUCAUAAUAUGUGUGAUGUUUUAUUUUAUAGAAUAACCAAAGUCUGCGGAAAUGGAAAUGUAUUUUAUAAUUGUAUUAAAUAAAUUAU